UCCUAGGGGACAUCGCGUCAGUCUGGCUUAUAUAUUGUCUCCUCUGAAUUUGAUCUUUCGCUCAACGCCUAGUCACCUGUGACUUAGGUUUCCGUCUCGCCGAAGAGUAGCUAAUACCUAGUGCAGGCACCUUCGUAAGACCGGCGAUCGCAGUGGUCGCUCUGAGCAGUAAUAUUUACCGGCUUAACUGAAGCACCCGCUCUUUUGCUUGCUGGGAGAUGUAGUCCCCGGGUUGGCCGCUUUAGUUCAUUGUUGCUACCGCCGGCGUCCAGAAGACUACAGUUCCCAGCAUGCCCAGGGAAAGACAGGAUAGCCUGAGUCGGCGCCUCCACGUGACAACCCACUAUGGCUUCCCAGUGUCAGGACCAGCUGUGUAGUGGCUGGGUGUGAUUUGUUAGCUCUUUGAAGCAGGGUAGCCUCCUCAGGAUUUCGACAUGCAAAAAAUCAAAUCUCUCAUGACCCGACAGGGUCUGAAAAGCCCUCAAGAAAGCCUCAGUGAUCUUGGUGCCAUAGAGAGUCUCCGGGUCCCCGGAAAGGAAGAAUUCAGGGAACUUCGAGAACAGCCAAGUGACCCUCAAGCUGAACAAGAGCUUAUUAAUAGUAUUGAACAAGUAUAUUUUUCUGCGGAUUCAUUUGAUAUUGUUAAAUAUGAGCUGGAGAAGCUUCCACCUGUUCUCAAUUUGCAAGAAUUAGAGGCGUAUAGAGACAAAUUGAAACAACAGCAAGCUGCAGUAUCUAAAAAAGUGGCAGAUUUAAUCCUUGAAAAACAGCCUGCUUAUGUAAAGGAACUUGAAAGAGUUACCUCAUUGCAGACAGGUCUUCAGUUAGCUGCUGUUAUCUGUACAAAUGGGAGAAGACACUUGAAUAUUGCAAAGGAAGGUUUUACUCAAGCUAGUUUAGGCCUUCUUGCAAAUCAAAGGAAACGUCAGUUGCUGAUUGGACUUCUGAAAUCUCUGAGAACUAUAAAAACAUUGCAAAGAACAGAUGUACGGUUAAGUGAAAUGCUGGAGGAGGAAGAUUAUCCAGGAGCUAUUCAGUUGUGCCUUGAAUGUCAAAAAGCUGCCAGCACUUUUAAACAUUACAGUUGUAUAAGUGAACUGAAUUCAAAGCUGCAAGAUACUUUGGAACAGAUUGAGGAACAGCUGGACGUAGCUCUUUCCAAAAUCUGCAAGAAUUUUGACAUUAACCAUUAUACCAAGGUUCAACAAGCUUAUCGACUUCUUGGAAAAACACAGACAGCAAUGGAUCAACUUCAUAUGCACUUCACCCAAGCCAUUCACAACACCGUGUUUCAAGUUGUUCUUGGUUAUGUGGAACUAUGUGCAGGAAACACAGACACAAAAUUCCAAAAGCUGCAAUAUAAGGAUCUCUGUACACAUGUUACCCCAGACAGCUAUAUUCCAUGCCUUGCAGACCUGUGCAAAGCACUGUGGGAAGUUAUGCUCAGCUAUUACAGGACUAUGGAAUGGCAUGAAAAGCAUGACAACGAGGAUACUGCUUCAGCUUCUGAAGGGAGUAAUAUGAUAGGUACUGAAGAAACUAAUUUUGAUCGUGGCUACAUAAAAAAGAAAUUAGAACAUGGACUGACACGAAUAUGGCAGGAUGUUCAGCUAAAAGUAAAAACCUACUUGCUUGGAACUGAUUUGUCUAUAUUCAAAUAUGAUGAUUUCAUCUUUGUUUUGGAUAUAAUCAGCAGGUUGAUGCAAGUUGGAGAAGAAUUUUGUGGUAGCAAGUCUGAAGUUUUACAGGAAUCUAUUAGAAAACAAAGUGUCAAUUAUUUCAAGAAUUACCAUAGAACACGGCUUGAUGAACUGAGAAUGUUCUUAGAGAAUGAGACUUGGGAACUUUGUCCUGUUAAAUCAAAUUUCAGCAUCUUGCAACUUCAUGAAUUUAAAUUCAUGGAACAGUCUCGCUCCCCAUCAGUUUCACCUAGUAAACAGCCAGUCUCAACUUCUUCAAAAACAGUGACCUUGUUUGAGCAGUACUGUAGUGGUGGGAAUCCAUUUGAAAUUCAGGCCAACCACAAAGAUGAAGAAACAGAAGAUGUCUUAGCUUCUAAUGGGUAUGAAUCUGAUGAACAAGAAAAGAGUGCCUAUCAAGAGUAUGACAGUGACAGUGAUGUUCCUGAGGAACUCAAACGAGACUAUGUGGAUGAGCAGACAGGAGAUGUUCCUGUGAAAAGUGUUUCUCGGGAAACUCUAAAAAGCAGGAAGAAAUCAGAUUACAGUCUAAAUAAAGUGAAUGCACCUAUCUUAACAAAUACAACGUUGAAUGUAAUAAGACUUGUUGGAAAAUAUAUGCAGAUGAUGAACAUUCUUAAGCCAAUUGCCUUUGAUGUUAUUCAUUUCAUGUCUCAACUAUUUGAUUAUUACUUGUAUGCAAUAUAUACCUUUUUUGGUCGGAAUGAUUCAUUGGAAUCAACAGGACUCGGCCUUAGUAGUAGUAGACUAAGAACAACUCUAAACAGAAUACAAGAAAGCCUUAUUGAUCUAGAAGUUUCAGCUGAUCCUACUGCCACACUCACAGCCGCAGAAGAGAGAAAGGAGAAGGUGCCAAGUCCACACCUCAGUCACCUAGUGGUUUUGACAUCUGGGGAUACGUUGUAUGGGUUGGCAGAAAGAGUGGUAGCCACGGAAUCCUUGGUAUUCUUGGCUGAACAGUUUGAGUUCCUUCAGCCACAUCUGGAUGCUGUGAUGCCUGCAGUCAAAAAGCCCUUUCUUCAGCAGUUCUAUUCUCAGACAGUCUCCACCGCCAGUGAACUACGCAAACCAAUUUACUGGAUUGUAGCUGGUAAAGCCCUUGAUUAUGAACAGAUGCUGCUCCUCAUGGCUAAUGUGAAAUGGGAUGUAAAAGAAAUUAUGUCACAGCACAAUAUAUAUGUAGAUGCACUACUAAAGGAAUUUGAGCAGUUUAACAGGAGGCUAAAUGAAGUUUCUAAGAAAGUUCGCAUACCCUUGCCUGUGUCUAAUAUACUUUGGGAACACUGUAUACGAUUGGCUAAUCGAACUAUCGUAGAAGGAUAUGCCAAUGUCAAGAAGUGCAGUAAUGAGGGUCGUGCCCUGAUGCAAUUGGAUUUUCAACAGUUUUUAAUGAAACUUGAAAAACUAACAGAUAUUAGACCCAUUCCUGAUAAAGAAUUUGUGGAAACUUAUAUUAAAGCUUAUUACCUAACUGAGAAUGACAUGGAACGCUGGAUCAAAGAGCACAGGGAAUAUUCAACGAAGCAGCUGACCAAUCUGGUGAAUGUUUGCCUGGGAUCCCACAUCAAUAAGAAAGCAAGACAAAAACUUCUAGCAGCUAUAGAUGAUAUAGACAGACCUAAAAGAUAAUGAACACAGCUCUUUUUCCUCAAUGGCAUUGAUCCUCACUCAACAUAUAUGACCUGAAAGCCAGUUUUUUAAUGCACUUCUGACAACUAUCUGCUAAGAAAACUUUGUGCAUGUUUUUUUUUGACUGGAAAGUGGAAAAUAUUGAACUGUGUGUGGUGUUCUCAUGACUUUUAUAUGCUGUGGUCCCUUCAACUUUUGGUCUCAUUUGUUGUAAUCUGAAAUGAUAUUGUUGCCUUGUCAUAACAAUGGUUAUGUGACUACAGUUAUGUAUUUUACAGAAGAAUGUACCAUAAGUAUAUAAUUAGAAGAACAGUGGCUUAAUAUAUGUAUGGGAAGUUUAUGGAGAAUGAAGUUGGCAUUUUUCUACCCUCUUAGCUUGGUUCUUAAUAAGCAUAAUGUGAGGGUGAAUAUGUAGUAUCUCCUAAUUAUGAGCACUGCAUGAGAAUUAAAAAAUAGGUGAAAAAUCGGUAUGUUCUCUGUUUUUAAAAUGUCAAAGUUUAUGUCAGGGUUAAUUUAGUUAUAACAGUGAUCAUAAAUGAUGAAAUUUAAUAAAUAUACUCUAGUAUGAUCAGCCUAUGUGAGACUACAUCUCGAUUUUUUGUGUGGCAUGCAGAUGUCAUGAACUAUAGUGCAGCUUUUAGCGUGUUCUAAUUUUAAUUGUUUUGUAUCCUGAAACCAAUGGCGAAAUGUAAUUUCAUUGAGUGUACCUUUUCAAUGCCUGAGUAGCAUAUAGAAUCAUGAUUAUGAGACUUUCUUUUAUCUUUCUUUAUAAAAAUAUGUGGUUUUUUUGUUGAAAGUUUUGGUCUCUUUAAAUUCAGAUUUUGUCUUAGGACAAUAAAACCCAGGUUGACUUACUCAGGA